AUGACGGCGGCAGGCGGCAGCCCGUCACACUGGGUAGGGCUUUCACUUCGCCCGCCAGACAAUUUCGACUUUGAAAACACCGGUUCGUGGACUACGUGGCUAAGCCUAUUUGAAGACUACGCAUUUGCUUCUGGUCUAAGCAAUGCCCCAGGAGACAUUCAGGUUCGGUCUCUUCUUUACUGCAUGGGACCGGAAGCUCGUCCGCUUCUUUCUACAUUUCGCAUCGACGACGCCACCAACUACAGUAGAGUGGUAGAGGCUUUUACGGCACACUUCGUGCAUCCCGUCAACGAGGUCUACGAAUCUGCGCAGUUUCAUAGAAGGGUGCAACAGCUGGGAGAGACUGUUGACAGUUACUACGCCGAACUCUGUAAGUUGUGCAAGAGGUGUAAUUAUGCAUCAGUCGAAGUCGAAGAACGGCUCAUUCGUGAUCGCUUCAUUGUGGGUCUGCGGGACGCUCGACUCGCCAAUCAGUUGUGCAGAAAUGCGAAAUUAAGCCUCAAGGAAGCGUGGAUUCAGGCCAGGCAGGCCGAAGAUGCGGAUAAACAGCGAAACACUUUAUGUGGAUGCGCGACAGAGCCAGUCCCAGUCGUCAUCGAUGCCGCUAGAUCAGGACAUCCCCGUAAGAAUCCACGGGAUCGAGGUCCAGGGAAUCGUCCUGUUCGGUCGCAGCGACCCAAAGGAAGUAACGGAAGUAACUGCGACUACUGUGGUCGUGCACCGCAUGCUCGUUCCGAGUGUCCGGCUCGGAAUUCGCUGUGCAAUUUCUGCCGAAAAAAAGGACAUUUUGCGGAUGUGUGUCGCAGUCGGAGGAGGCGCAAUAAGAUGGAUGCACUUCAACUUCAUGCAAUCAAAAGUUCAGCACAAGCAAAGUUCGCCGAGGUCACGGUAAAUGAUUACACAGAAGUGUUCAAGAUAGACUCAGGGGCCGAGGUUACGGCAGUUUCCGAAACUUUUCCUGGUCUUCCAAGAACGUUGGACAAGGUCGACAACGUCCUAUCAGGGCCGGGACAGCAACCGCUACAAGUCCUGGGAUCUUUCGCAGCUAUGUUACUGUGGAGAGGAAGAUCUACCCAACAAAGGCUCUACGUCGUGAAGUCACUUUCUGUACCGUUGCUAGGACUGCCCGCAAUACAGGCCUUGGGGGUCAUCAAGUUUGUAGACAAAGUAUCGUCUCAACCUCGGACAACGUUAUUCGAUGGGCUCGGAACCCUUUCAACGGAAUACAAGAUUCAUCUCAAGCCGGAUGCCGUUCCGUUUUCACUAAGUGUCCCUCGACGGAUUCCCAUUCCCCUGCGAGAGGUCAUCCGUACAGAACUGGAAAAGCUUCAGCAAGAGGGCGUGAUUCGUAAAGUGGACAGUCCAACAGAGUGGUGUUCAGGUCUAGUGGUGGUCCCAAAAGCUACGGGAGGACACAGGUUGUGCGUGGACCUCACCAAGCUGAACCAGGUCGUCAUGAGAGAACGGCACGAUCUACCUACGGUUGACCAAGUUCUAGGUCUACUGGGGGACUCCACGGUCUUCUCUAAGUUGGACGCUGCUUCGGGCUUCUACCAAGUGAAAUUGGCAGAAGAGUCUCAAGAACUCACUACCUUUAUUACGCCCUUCGGUAGAUACUGCUUUCGUCGAAUGCCGUUUGGCAUUACUUCAGCGCCGGAGUUUUUCCAGAAACAAAUGUCAAGAAUCCUCGAAGGUCUUGAAGGAACUGUGUGUAUGAUGGACGAUAUACUGGUUUUCGGAAGAACGGCAGAAGAACACGACUUUCGCCUGCAAGAGGUCUUGACACGCCUGUCACGAGCAGGGAUCACUCUGAACAAACAAAAAUGCCACUUUCGUCAGAAUAAGGUGUCUUUCCUGGGCGUGCAAGUAUCAGCACAAGGCAUUUGUCCAGACCCGAAGAAGCUUAAAGCAGUUAAAGAGAUGCUACCGCCAAGGGACGUAGCUGGAGUGCGACGCCUGUUAGGCAUGGUCAAUCAUCUCGGACGCUUCCUCCCGAAUCUGGCAGAAGAAACAACACCGAUUCGAGCUCUCCUCGGGAAGAACACAGCAUGGACGUGGUCCAAUGAACAAGAUUCUGCGUUUGCAAAGCUCAAGGAAAUGAUGAUGUCAGAGAGAUGCAUGGCAAAGUACCAUCCUGCCUAUCCAACCAUCGUUUCUGCUGAUGCAAGUUUGUUUGGCUUGGGGGCAGUCCUUCUUCAGGAGCAGCCAUCGGGAGAGCGUCGACCGGUAGCAUUUGCAUCGAGGUCUAUGACCAUUACAGAACAACGUUACAGUCAAACAGAGAAAGAAGCUUUGGCUGUGGUCUGGGCAAUCCAGCGAUUCGACGAGUAUUUGCGCGGAUUGGUCUUCAACAUCGAGACUGAUCAUUUACCAUUGGUGUCCCUCUUCACAAAAAUGGACUUGGAUUCGGUGCCGCCUCGCAUCCAACGUCUCCGUAUAAAAGUCAUGCGUUAUCAGUUUGGAAUGCAGCACAUCCCAGGAAAGCUUCUGGCAACGGCCGAUACAUUGUCACGUGUUCCUAUCAGAAGUACGGAGUCAUCUAUUGAUGUUAUUGAAAUUUUUGCUGCAGAAGCCCUGCAGUAUGCAUCAGAACAAGCUUUGGUAAAGCUAGAAGAUAUCAUUCAUGCCCAAACUAUGGACCCGGAGUGCAGCAUGCUUCGAGCUUUUUGUCAGCGGGGCUUUCCGCCGAAGUCAAAGAUGCCGCCUCAUUUGGCAAAGUUUCCAAGCGAGGACCUUUCACUCUGCAAAGGCGUCCUAGUGAAGGGAUCCCGCAUCGUAGUUCCUUCAUCGUUACGUGCAGCCAUCUUGAGGCUUCUUCACGAGGGACAUCAGGGAGUAAACAGAAGUAAGGCCAGAGCUAGAGAAGCAGUUUGGUGGCCCAAAAUCAACAGGGACAUAAUGGAGUUUGUCGCUAGGUGUCAGCGAUGUGCCUCUUACCGAGUUAACCCGGUAGAACCGUUGUGUUCAUCAACGCUACCAAAUCACCCAUGGGAAAUGCUGGGAACGGACUUAUUCUUCUUAAAGGGACAUACCUUUUUGCUCAUGGUUGACUAUUACUCAAGAUAUCCCGAGGUCGUGACACUCAACAGCACAACGGCUAAGGCCGUCAUUCAAGUGAUGAAGAGCAUCUUCGCCAGACAUGGCAUCCCAAAGAUUCUGCGCUCGGACAACGGACCACCUUUUCAGUCAAAAGAAUUCUCCAGUUUCAUGUCUUCGUAUGGGGUGCAACAUGUGACUAGCAGCCCAAAUUUCCCUCAGUCAAAUGGUGAAGUAGAGCGAAUGGUUCGUACUGUCAAGAACUUACUUCGCAAAGCGGAAGAUCCGUACAUGGCUUUGUUAGUCUACUGGGACACACCUGGAGUCAUGGAUUUCAGUCCAGCACAGUUACUGAUGGGCCGAAGGCUUGGCACGACGUUACCAAGAGCGGAUGAAAGGUUGAGACCAGCUUACGUUCCACGGGCUAAGAUUAUUGCAAGAGAUGCUAAGUACCGUAAACGCCAGUCAACGAACUUUAACCGCCGACAUCGAACGGCUGAACUACCAAAGUUGAUAGUAGGAGACAGAGUGUGGGUGGGACCCGAAAAAGCACCCGCCACCAUACUGAGCCCAGCACAACGGCCCAGGUCGUACAUUGUAGAGACAGAUCAAGGAGUCAUUUUGCAGCGCAAUCGCCAGCACCUCGUAAAACAUCCCCCGGAACAGGUUCCACGGGAAGAAGAGGAAGACGGUACAAGUGAUCCUACGACAAGUCCUUGCAGACGCCACCAGCCGGUCCAGUGUGCGAGCGGUACAAGAGACCCCACCAGUAGUCCCCGCGGAUACGACCAACCGGUUCAGAGGGCAACGGGUACAAGCGGUACCAUUGGUUCAAGUGGAACAAGCGCCCAAGAACGAUCUACAGACGCAGGACAGGAUCCUACUGUGUUCGGGAGUAGUGACCAGAUUUUACGGACCCGAUAUGGGCGACGAAUUGUAAGGCCCAAGAGACUAGACUGGUGA